GCUCUCAUCCCCGGCCUCGCCUGGCCCAACCCGCUUCUACCCUCGUGCAGCGCACACCGCCUGCGCGCACCUUGCGGGCGUCUGCCUCUGUGGCGUCGUCGCAUCUCCGGCGCCCCCAUACGCGGCAGCCAGCCAUGGUGCUCUGCGAGCUGCUGCUGCAUCUCAGCGGACACUCGUCGCCGCUCUUUCUCGCCCCGGCGCACGCGCCGCUGCACCCACUCUUGGCGCCGCAUCUCCACCCCGGCGAGGCCGCGGCGCUGCGAUAUCUCGCGGCCCUCGCCCACGAUGCGCGCGUGGCGCGAGAGUGGGCCACGCGCUGUCUGGACGAGACGCGCAGACGAGCACGAAAGGCAGCGCCAGGCGUUCAUGCCGCGGCGGCGCGAGAAGAGGAGGAGGCGGCGGCGGAGCAGCAAGAACUGAUGCUGGGCAAUGAAGAGGCCGCCGUUGCUGCUGCCAUGCUGCGACGCUUGCAGCUGUGGGACGCCGAUGUGCAGCGCACGCUCGAGGAUGUGCUGCGCUGGCGAGCUGCGCCGCAGAAGAAGGAGGAGGACGGCAAGGCCGUGGGUGAGAUGAGCAGCGGCAAUGCGCAAGCCACGUCGCUUGCGGCACUGCAGGCCAACUUCUCAACGUGGCAAGCUCCGCUUCGCACCCUCGCCGCGCUGGCCGAGCAGCUCGGCUCGCCGCCUUCCUCGAGCAGUCUCCUCGCCCGCGCCGGCGACGGCGGCACAACAGGAGCCUCGCAAGCGUCGACGACGCCGACACGAUGGCGACCCGGACCUCUUCUGGAUGUGCUGGCCGCACGCACAGCCGCGGCAGUGGGACCCAGUCGCACACAUCUCGAGGCGCUGCUUCUUGCCGCCGAGAGCGUCUGGAUGCGUCGCUGUCGCAGCUGGAUGUGCGACCUGCGCCCCGCCGGCCUCUUCGUGGCCGCGCGCGUCGAGGAGCAAGAGGCCAUGGCGGCGGCCAGAGGAGGCGCGUGGACAUGGGCGCCGCUCGCCGUGCCUCGAGCGCUCGCAAGGCAGUCGGCCGAGGCAAUCCUCUCCGUAGGACGCGCUCUGCGCGCUCUGCCUCGUUCGGUCGCUCUGCCUGGCUCGCUGCGCGAGGCGCAUCGAGCGCUCCUGCUGCAGGAGGAAUGCAGACUGUCCACUCCGAUCGAGCUGCAACGACGCGUCGAGAUGAUUCGAGAUGAAGUGGGAGAAUGGAUGUGGGGCAAUGUGCUCCGGCCACAGGAUGUGAGGGAGGCAGUUGAGGGUCUUGGCCUCUACUUCCUCCACCGUUCCGGCCUCUUCCACACGUCCUUCCUCUCCGAACUAGCACAGCUCAAGCGCUCUGCUCUGCUCAGUCGCACGGCCGCCUCGGGCACGAUCCGCGCGGCCGACGUCGAGGCAGCGUUGCACCGUGCCGCCGCGCUCUCCGACACGCCCUCCGAGCUGCUCUCUCACGUGCGCGUCUCCGUUGCCAAGGGCCGCACCGUGCCCGUGGCCUUCUCCGACGUGCCGCUGGGCAUGCCCUUCGUCCUCGCCUACACGCCGCCCUAUCCGCUGGACCUCCUCUUCACGACACAGGAUGCAAGUGCUUACUCGCAGCUUUGCUCGUACCUGCUCGCUCUGCGCUCCACAGCCACGAGGCUGCGAGAGACUUGGACACGCAUGUCGAAGGCGCAGCGCGUGCGAAGACGCUUCACGGGCGCGGGCGAGGGAGGCAGCAGUCGCGCCGAGGAACAAGCGCGUGCGACGCUGCUGAGAAAAGCCUGGGGCACCGCAAGAGAGGGUCUUUGGGUGCUUGAGGCGUUGACGGGGCACUUUCAGACGGACAUCAUCGACGUGCAGUACACGCGUCUAGUGGAGCAGCUUGAGGUCGCACACGUAGAGACGGCGCCUCUCUCGGCGCAAGCCUCAGGGCGAAGUCUGCUACGCGCCUCUCGCAGCACCGGUGGAGACGCUUCCUCGCCUGAUCUCCACCAGCACGCGGCGCCAUCGGCCAAGGCACCGGCGUCGCGCGCAGGCAAGAGCGUACGUGCUCCAUCAGUCGCACCCUCGCGAACCGUGCGCACGGCACACACGCUGCAGGGCAGCACGGCGACGGGAGGAGCUCACGAGAGCGUGUUGGACUUUGCGUCGCUGCGAGCGACGCAUGCUGCGUUUCUGGCAUUUGUGCUGGAUGGCUGCCUGCUCUCCUCGCCGCAAGCCAGCCGCGCCAUCCGCGCCAUUCUCGACGCGUGUGCUCGUUUCGUAGGGCUCGUCGAGCGCUGGGGAGGAGAUGUGCUGCCGGACCUACUCAUGGACGGAGCAGGUGUCGAUGACGACGAGGAGCACGCGAAGCGCGGGAGCCGGACGGUCAAGGAGCGCAAGGCGGCGCUCGAUGAGGUUGCCGAGACGCUCUCUGCGAAUCUGGACGCUUUCUUCGACCUGCUCCUCGACGCCUCUUCAGGGCCCGCCAGCGCCGCCGCAGCAGGCAGCACCAGUCUCAGCGCCGGUGCCGGCCUGAUCUCCGGCACGGCGCCUCCCGAGGCGCACCGGGCGCGCGCCACCGAGGCUCGCCUCGACGCCGACAGCGCGGCGCGAAGGCAUCUCGAGCAGCUGCUGCUCAGACUCGACUUCUCGGGCUGGUGGAGUGCGCGCAGCAACGCCGGAAGCGCAGCGCCGCGCGAGGACGAGCACGAGGCAGAGAAGCAGGCCCAGCAGGAAUAGCAAUGGCAGGCGCUGCGAACGUCCAGAGAGAUACAAAAUACAUGGGGCGGAGAA